AUGGUUCGACGACAACACGCUCCAACAUCUGACGCCGCCUCGAAUUCCACCCACACCAACUUUAUUGAUAUCGUCUCCUCCUCCCGCAAUCCAACCAAUGAAUCAUCAUCAUCGUCAUCAUCAUUAUCAUCGCAAGACGAGAUACGCUUUAUCAAUCAUCUCUCCACCAAAUACAAACGAGCCCCUGUGCGUUUUCGGAUUGAGCCUGCACCCCAAUGUUGUGAUGAACAAGGUCGAUUAAUAUGUUCUCCCGGUUCUUUUAUUGAAGGCAACAUUUACAUUGAACUUGCUGAACCACUCGCAGCCAUGCAGCUAAAGUUGAUAUAUAAGGGAACCGAAUACUUGAACUAUGACGCCAUGGCCUGGGGAAAACGGGUAGAUGAAGAUCCAAUGUUUAGCGUGUGUACAGUUUUGUGGGGGAUUUCAGCGCGCGAGGCUCAGCAGUGCGGUAAUUGGCCAUUGAUGGAGCCUGGCACUCAUCUGUUUCCAUUCGCUUGUCAAAUGCCCGACGUCAAUUAUCCAUCCGCUUGGCUUGAUAAUCCACUCGUUCAAUGCCGCUAUUACCUCUAUGCUAGUGUUGAGCGUCCUGGUUAUAGACCUUUCCAAACCGAACAAUGCCCCGUCUUUUUCAAGCCCAUCCUUCCUAUUGAUACCGCCACGACGACUCCCUUUCAAGAUGAUAAACCCAUCGGCUCCUCUAUACCUAUUCGUGUUUCUUUCAAUACAGCAUACGUGUGUAACGAUGACGACGACGACGAUACUAAUGCAUUGAGGAUUUCAUGCGGUACUACGCGUGGUGGUGAUUAUCACAUUGUUGCCAUAGCAACGCUUGAACAACACUACAAGGUGGUUACCAGCGGCUUUCAUUACAGCAAAACGAUCGUUGUGCGUCAAGCGGAACAACGCAUUGAUAGCGACAACCAUAUUAUUUCCAUGCCAUUACGAGAAUUGCCUCCCAGCAUGAAUUAUGGCCGUCAAAUCGAUCUUCGCUACAUGAUACGCCUCACAAUCAAAUCGCGUCAAGGAUCUACAUUACACCCAUCGAAAAAGAAACGAUCGUAUUUGGUGCCUAUCACUCUCGGCACGGAUGAUGCUAAUCGAGUCGCAGCAACAACAGCAGCAACGCCCAUACCUUACUCGGAUCCUGAAGUCGUUAAUGAUACUACCUUACACACCAAACCAAAAUUUAUUCGUGUGUCGAUGUCGGAUGCAGCCAUGUUUGGUUUACCUGCUUAUGAUGCUGAAACUAGUCCACCAGAAUAUUGUGAGCAGCAACCAUCGUCAUAA